GCGACCAUCCGGACGCCGGCCUCCCCACCCGUCUCCUUCGUCCCGACGCUCGCCUGCGCUGCGCGUUUUUUUUUUCGGCCGGGGGGUCGCAAAAAAAAGGGGGGGAAGAAAACCAAGCCGAGAGACCAGAGGGGACCCCUCCUCCUCUUCAGAGCCCCGAAGACAAAGAGGAAGCCAGCCCAAGCCAUCCCACCCACAGCCAAACCAACCCGGCCUCUCCGGGUGGUGAAAUUCCUGCGCCUUUUCGGGCAACUCUCUCGGUCUCCUUUUUUUGCGGGGUAAAGAAAGUUUCCGCGGGGUUUCGCCGGCCGGGAGAGGCAAGAAAGUGGGGAACAACCCCCCGCCCGCCCGCCCCACGCCACCUAAGCCAAGCCAAGGGGCUGACCGCUUUCACUUUCGAACACUUUCACUCUUAAAGCGGGCACUUUCCUUCCCAUCUCCGCUGCCUCUUCUUCUUCUUCUUCUUCGCUUUCCCGCAGCAAGUUCGGAUCGCGCGCAGGCACACACACACACCCCACCCGGGAUUGUCGGAACCCCGCCGCCCCCACCCUCUCCGCCGCCGCCAUGAACAGCAACAGCUACUACGAGCAGCCCGCGCAGGGUUACUACCAGCCGGGCGAGGAGCCCCAACAGGAGGAGAUGCCGGCCACGGAGAAGGACUUGGCCGAAGACGCGCCCUGGAAAAAGAUCCAACAGAACACCUUCACCCGCUGGUGUAACGAGCACCUGAAGUGCAUGCACAAGCGCAUCGGCGACCUGCAGAAGGACCUGAGCGACGGCCUGAAGCUCAUCGGGCUCCUGGAGGUGCUGAGCCAGAAGAAGAUGUACCGCAAGUACCACGCGCGCCCCAACUUCAGGCAGAUGAAGCUGGAGAACGUGUCGGUGGCGCUGGAGUUCCUCGACCGGGAGCACAUCAAGCUGGUCUCCAUCGAUCAGAGGCUGGGAUCCUCCGUGGGCUUCCAGCUGUCCCUCUGGCAGCUGUUCUCGGACAACCUCUGA